CAUUUAUCACGUUUAGUUUACAUGGACAAUUUAGAUGUUUAAGCACAAUCUUAUAGAGAACGACUAGACUGUGUUUUGAAUAUUUAAUUUAAUUUAAGACACUAUGAAUUUAUUAAGUUUGUUGUUUGUGGCACUUAGUUUUAUAUUAAACACAUAUUGUUUGGAGGUUUCAGAUAUAAACGUAGCUGUUGUCGAAUACCAUCCAAACUUUACAAAAAGUCAAAAUGAAAAAAGCUAUGAAAAAAUUAUUAAUUCAAUUAAACAACCUACUGAUUUUAUAAUAUUUCCCGAGUCGAGUUUAACACGAGGAGAAUAUUUAGUGGUGCCCCCUAUACAUGCUUCACCAAAUUGUAGCACAAAUAAAAGUGACACUUUAACACAUAUAGCCUGUUUGGCAAAAUCGAAAAAUGCCUAUGUUGCUAUUAACAUAGACGAAAGAGUGGACUGCAAGCCAAAUGACUCAACUUGUGGACCAAGGGGAUUUUUAGGUUAUAAUACUGAUGUCGUAUUUGGAAGAAAUGGAAGUGUUAUUGCAAGAUACCGAAAAUGGAACCUUUUUGGAGAAUUCGACAAAAAUAUAACCAAAACACCGGACAUUAUAACAAUAGAAACGGAUAAAGGAAAAUUUGGAAUUUUCACAUGUUUCGAUAUACUUUUUCAGACGCCAGCCUUAAAUUUGACAAGAAGUGGUGUUAAAAAUUUUAUUUAUCCAUCGAUGUGGUUUUCUGAACUCCCAUUUUUAACAGCUUUACAAGCACAACAGAUGUGGUCUUAUGAAAACGAUGCUUUGCUUCUUUCCUCCGGUGGUAAUAAUAUCGUGGUUGGUAGUGGGGGAUCUGGAGUCUUUCUAGGAAAAUAUGGAGCCCUUAAUCAGACCAUAGUUCCAAACAUCAAAAAGGAAGAAUAUUUAAUAAUUACCACAAAAGUGCCAUCCAAUAGAACUGCCCUUAAAAUAAAGGAGGAUACAGUACACGAAACCGAUGAAAUUGCGAGAAAAAUAGAUCAUUUUUUUAUAAAAAGAGAUGAUUUAAGAGGAUAUACAAGUGAGCUUCUAAACAUGACAACAGGAUCAGUUUCUAGGGAGAUUUGUCACGGCAAUAAUCCAAAACUUUGCUGUAAAUUUAAUGUAACUUUAAAAUUUAAUAAAACUCGUAACGAUAUGGACAGUUACUUGUACAGGUUUGUUGCCUAUUCAGGUGUGAAAACAUUUGUUUAUAAUGAUGGAGGAGUGGAAGUUUGUGGUAUUAUACCAUGCACCAAUAGCAGCCUUGAUUCUUGCACACGAAAAUUUUCGUCUUACGACAACAUUACCUGGCCCACUACAUUCGAAAGUAUCAGCAUCACUGCCAACUUUACAAACGAUGAAACUGCCAAAAUGCAGUACCCCAACACCUUGCUGAGUUCUUUAAGAUCCAUUCCACCGUCUCAAACCCGUUGGGAAAAGAGAAUUCUCGGAAAUCAAGUAGAAAGAAGUUUUCGUUUGGUGAAACCUCAAACCAGGCUUCUGACUUUUGCAAUUUAUGGAAGGGAUUGCAGUAGGGACAAUUUUUUUAGCAAUCCUGGAGUUUCUAUAAACGAGAAUAAAGUUUACUUUUUGCUUGUAGCCUGUAGCGUCUUUGCCUUGCUAUGCAGAUUUUAAAUAAUUAUUUCAUAGUGUUUUAUUCAAAGUAUUAAGCCCAAUAAACAAUUUGUACUACUUAUGGUGACGAUAAAUUAUAUAAAGGUUAUAUAAGAGUUGUGUCUUUAAUUUUUUUAAAUAAAAAUUGUGAGUUAUUAAU